CCCGGAGUCCGCCGCCCUGUUCUCCAAGUUGCGUAGCUUCUCCAUUGGCAGCGGGCCCAACUCGCCGCAGCGCGUCGUUUCCAAUCUCCGAGGAUUCCUCACCCAUCGCCUCAGCAACAUCACACCGAGCGACACAGGUUGUUCACUGGCAUGCCAACAAUUCGUACACCUCCAACUACAACAACCACACCAAAACAUGUAAAACCACACAGCAACAACAUCAAAAGCAGGAGCAAACACCACAGUUAACCACAAGCAACGAUAAACCACCUCAGUGCGGGCAAUUAGCGGAGCGGAAACGGAAACGGCCAUAUUUGUAGCGAGAGCUAAUCAAUUUCCGGCUGUAAGAAUGGCAGGCCCGCAGAUCGGCGCUUAAGCUUUAAGCUUUAAGGCAACAGAGAAGAGUACAAACAAGAAGAGAGAGGGAGAGAGAGAGAGAUAGAAACAGAAAGAGAGAGACAGAGGAAGUCCCGAAGAAACGAUCAAAACGUUGUACACCUCAGCAAUUGACAUUAAUUAAAUUCAACCAAAAUGGCCUCAUUCCAAAUACCUAUUAUCAACCUGGAGGUGCGCGAGGUCAAGGACAUCGUCUGGGAGAAGAUCCAGGAGCCGGUGAACCAGCGACGCCUCAUCCUCGUGAUUGUAUCGAUAGCCCUGCUGCUGGACAACAUGCUGUACAUGGUGAUAGUGCCGAUUAUACCCGACUAUUUAAGAGAGAUUGGCAGCUUCGAUGACGGGCCGACGCCCCCGCCAUUGAGGGAUAAUAUCACGGGAAAGAUCAUACCCGUGCAUCACGAUCAUCACGGGCAGGACUCGGCCACGGGCAUCCUAUUCGCCUCGAAAGCCAUCGUACAGCUGAUGGUGAAUCCCUUUUCGGGCGGCCUCAUCGACAAGAUCGGCUACGAUUUGCCCAUGAUGAUCGGCCUGACCAUCAUGUUCUUCUCCACGGCAGUCUUUGCUUGUGGCAGCAGCUACAGUGUCCUGUUCUUCGCCCGAUCCCUGCAGGGAGCUGGUUCCGCCUUUGCGGACACCGCCGGAUUGGCCAUGAUAGCCGAUCGGUUCACCGAGGAGAACGAGCGAUCGCAAGCCCUUGGCAUUGCGCUGGCCUUCAUCAGUUUCGGAUGCCUGGUGGCGCCUCCGUUUGGCGGGGCGCUCUACCAGUUCGCCGGAAAGGAAGUGCCCUUCCUGAUCCUAGCACUGGUGUGUCUACUGGACGGGCUGAUGCUGCUGCUGGUGAUGAAACCGGUCAAGGAGGCGAUAAAGCAAAGUAAGGACGUGCAGGACCAAGUAAUACCCAUCUGGCGCCUGCUGAUGGACCCCUAUAUCGCCGUCUGUGCCGGUGCCCUAACCAUGUCCAAUGUGGCGCUUGCCUUCCUGGAGCCAACCAUCUCGCUGUGGAUGGAGGACAACAUGACCACGGACAACUGGAAGAUCGGCAUGGUCUGGCUGCCCGCCUUCUUCCCACACGUGCUGGGCGUGGUCAUUACGGUGAAGAUGGCUAGGAAGUAUCCGCAGCACCAGUGGCUAAUGGCCGCCGGUGGAUUGGCCCUGGAGGGUCUCUCCUGCUUCAUCAUACCGUUCUGCAGCGGCUACAAGAUGCUCAUGCUGCCCAUCUGUGUGAUCUGCUUCGGAAUUGCCCUAAUAGACACGGCUCUGCUGCCCACACUCGGUUAUCUGGUGGAUGUGCGAUAUGUGUCGGUGUACGGCAGUAUCUAUGCCAUAGCGGAUAUAUCCUAUUCGAUCGCCUACGCCGUGGGGCCCAUUAUCGCCGGCGGAGUGGUGGAGGCCAUCGGGUUUACGGCUCUCAACUUCUUGAUAGCCUUCUCGAACCUGGCCUAUGUGCCCGUUCUGCGAAAGCUACGCAACAUCUACGACUUCAAGCCCUUCGAGAAUGAGGCCAAUAUCCUGAUGCAGGACCCGCCCAACAAGGAGUACCAGACCUAUGUGAUGCACGACCAGAAACCAGUGGCGGGUGGCGUCAAGAACCACCUGGAGUACGGCCAGCAGUAUCAGCAGGAGCAGGAGACCAAUCUGGAUGACCAGCAGUACGAGUACCAGCAGCAGCAGGGAUACCAGCAAGGAUAUCAGCAGGAUCAGGGCUACCAGCCCGGCUACCAGGAGCAGGGCGGCAGCUACGCCCCGCAAGGUCAGCCCCGCGUGGCCAAUCCCUUCCAGCAGCAGCAGCAGCAGCAACAACAGCAGCAGGUCCAAAGCAGAGGUCCUGCCGCCCCAGCGAAUCCCUUUAGGCAAGGAUUUUAAACUGUUGCCCCACAUGCCGAAAAGCAAAGAAGAAAACCCUAGUUUUAAAUCGUGUUCUGUUGCACACCUCCGUGUGCAAUAUUCUGUUCUCUGUUGAACCCACUCUGAUCUAGACACAAGACACAUACACAUAUAUUAUUACUAUAGACAUAUAGGCAAGUGGUACGUACACUAUAACGAGCAUUACAUGCAGAUAGUUAAAAAAGCAUCUAGUUAAUGCCUUGCACCGCACCAAGUUUUGUAUCAUACACGAAUGUUGAAGCAACCGAGGACAGUGAUGGAAAUGGUAGGAUUUGAGUUUACUUGGAUGUGGAAUUGGCCAUAUUUUAAAAAAAGUUCUUGAUGGGAAUAUUAAUUUCAAAAUCCAAUUCAAAGUUACGCAAUUUGGAAGACACGCGAAAGUGUGAACUGAAAUACAAAACUCGUUCUGAAAAUUUUUUUUUUAAAUAACAGAGCUGAUACCAAAAAAGGGAGUUAAGAUUAAUAUAAUAAUACAUCAGAGCUAUUUGUAAAGUUGAUGUUAUAUACGGAACAGUUCACAAUUUCUAAAUGCCAACAAGAAAUAAUGUUUCAGUAACUAGAAAAGCGAACAGAAAUUGGAAAACUCACGAUUCCCCUAUCCAAGUAAGCCACAAAACCACCAGGAUUAAGAAACACCCAUCACUGAUGUAACGCAAUUAUGCUAUAUAGAGCGGUCCGAUCGGAUCGCCUAUGCCCUAUACUCAGUACUUAUGCAGCCGUUUUCGUGUCUAUCAGUCAGUGAAGCUAGAGAAACCAAAGCCUAGGCAUAGAUAGUUGAUGAGGGGAGACCUCGGACUCCCGCCCCAUCAAGUAUACACACAAGUAUCAGAUAUUAUAUACACGCAUACAUAUAUAGUAAUAUAUCCAUAUACAAGCUAGCUGUAAGCAGCUCAGCUGGCCAGAGGACCACUUUUGUCCGAGUACCGCCGUUAAACAGCCAAUGGCAUCCAUAUCGCAGACAUAUCACUAGUUGCACAAAUCGAAACCCUCCCACGCCUUCUGAAAACUGAACAAGAGGAACUCUUUCGGGUGUCGUUGUGGCGGACUUGGGACGAGAGUGGUUUCCCGGCCAGAGGGGUAAUAUGAUUUCCGGUUUUGAAAACAUUAUGAGUUGAACGUUUCUUAAACAUAAGACACAACCAAGGUAACGAUACAUAUCAGAGUCUCGAUGGCUCGCCUGUUAAAAUUACCAAAAGUGAUAUUACUUAUUGCUACUAGUCUAUAUACAUAUAUAUCGUAUCAUAUCGGUAGCAUACACAACUAGAUUUAGGACGUACAUGAAGUGUACAUAAGUUAUACAACAACCAAAGGAAACAGAAAUCAAUUGAGAUUCAAAUUAAAGUUUCAUAUUUACCUACCAAUCAAUUAUUAUUUGCUUGUUGACUCUAUGUGCAGAUGGGCGGUUCCAACCAGGGAACUGCCGCCAUAGUAGAUCUUCGAUAGCAUAGCAUAAAUGUGUGUACCUUGUCUAUAAGAUAAAGAUAAACCUAACUGAAUAAUAUGAACAUAUUUACUAACGAUUAUUGUAGUCAUUCAGUACUGUAUUUUACUAUAAUUCGUUUCGACUGCACCACUUUUUAGGGCAGUUUACUGCCCCUAUAUUAUACACCUUUUAGCUGGAUAUCUAUAAGUAAAUUGAUCUUUAAUAAACAUUUUCCGAUAUAACAUCGGAAUAUUUAUCAACACUUUUCGAAUGUGUUUAGUCGGGAAUUGCAGUUGAUUGCAAGUAUAUCGCAGAAUUUCUAUAUUCGUAAACAUAUCAGUCAAAGUACAUAUGUACGAGUUUGCUUUUACGAAUUACGAAAUGCUAUACAUUAACAGAAAUGCACUGAUUUUGAUGAAGUUACAAAAUACGUUCAUAGGGUUUUAGAAAAUGUUAGUUUCAUUAUUUUCACUGAUUCUGUUAUAGAUACUCUAGGAAAACAACACUGUUGUCUUGUUUUAUGGUUUGCAAGCUUUAUACUUAAUUAAAUUCGAUUAUUUUCCUUAUUUUACCGACACUAAAUAUAUGUACUUAAAAAUAUAUACAUAGAUCUACAAAUUUACAAAACUGUAGAAAUGCUCUUAACUAUAAUAUGAAUUAAACUCAUGAAAAAAUCUCCCAUCAAAUGUAUCAAUUAAAACGAAGACGAGUAGUGGCGAAGAAUGAAGUGUUGAAGCAACUACAUACUUAUAUAUAAAGCGAAGAAGAGUAAAACCAGAACAAUUAAUAUAGUCAAUAAUAUAUAUUAUUAUGUAUUAUAUUAUAAUAUUGUUUAUUUAAGUAGCUACAAUAGAGUUUUAAUAACAACUAACUAAACAUACAUAUAUACAUAUAUGAAAAUGUAUAACAAGACACCGAAAAAGCAAUAUUUAUUUAAGUUUCCUUUUAAACUCAUGUAAGGAUUAGAAUUCCGUUCAAAAAUAAAAAGGCAUUAACUUUAGUCCGUUCCUUUCCCUAAUAUUUGAUUCAUUUUUACAUGACUUUCGAAACUGGAUGUAGAUAGACGUCAAACAAAUGCAACAUGACAGUGUCAGGCAUUCAAGAUUUCAACUGAUUUUAACAGUUUUAACCAAAGUUUGGCAGAGCGUAACAUGUAUAUGAAUCUUCCACUUUUGGUUUACAAAUAUAUAUAUAUAUA